ACUCACACAUUCUGCUUUCUGUUUGUGAAACUUGGUCUUCCAAGCAGCACAGAUUCAGGCCUGAGAGCUGACCAUGCCACAGAACCAACUACAUAAUAGGCUGAAUGCUGGACUCUUCGGGCUGCUGCUUCUUCUUAUCCAUGUGCAGGGUCAGGACUCACCAGAGUCCAGCCCCAUCAGGAACACUCACGCUGGCCAGGUGAGAGGCAGUCUUGUACACUUGAAGGACACUAAAGCUGGUGUCCACACCUUCCUGGGAAUUCCCUUUGCCAAGCCUCCUGUAGGACCACUGCGCUUUGCACCUCCUGAGGCCCCUGAGCCAUGGAGUGGUGUGAGAGAUGGGACUGCACAUCCAGCCAUGUGUCUGCAAAAUCAUGAUAUGAUGAAUGAAGGCCUGCCAGAGAUGAAAAUGAUUCUGUCUUCCUUUGCUAUGUCUGAGGACUGCCUGUAUCUGAACAUCUAUGCACCAACCCAUGCCCAUGAGGGUUCUAACCUGCCUACGGUGGCCAAGCGCUCUGGAUGUGAGGCCACGGAUUCACAGGCCCUGGUGCGCUGUCUGAGAGGCAAGAGUGAAGCAGAGAUUCUGGCUGUUAACAAGGUCUUCAAGAUAAUCCCUGCUGUGGUGGAUGGGGAGUUCUUCCCCAGGCAUCCCAAAGAGUUGUUGGCAUCUGAGGAUUUUCACCCUGUCCCCAGCAUCAUUGGUGUCAACACUGAUGAGUAUGGUUGGAUCAUUCCUAAGAUUAUGAGCCUUGCUCAGGAAAUAAACAGAAUAACCAAGGAGAACCUGCAGGCUGUUCUGAAGAAUACAGCAGCACAAAUGAUGCUGCCUCCUGAUUGUAUAGACCUGCUAAUGGAAGAGUACAUGGGGAACACUGAUGAUCCCCAGAUCCUCCAAAUAAGGUUCACAGAGAUGAUGGGAGAUUUCAUGUUUGUGAUCCCUGCACUCCAAGUAGCACAUUUUCAACGUUCCCAUGCCCCUGUCUACUUCUAUGAGUUCCAACAUCCACCCAGCUACUUCAAGAAUGUCAGACCACCCCACAUGAAGGCUGACCAUGCUGAUGAGGUUCCUUUUGUCUUUGGGUCCUCCUACUGGGGCAUGAAACUUGACUUCACUGAGGAGGAGAAGCUGCUGAGCAGGCGAAUGAUGAAGUACUGGGCCAACUUUGCAAGACAUGGGAACCCCAACAGCGAGGGUCUACCCUACUGGCCUUUGAUGGACCAUGAUGAUCAGUACCUGCAGCUGGACACCCAGUCUGCUGUGGGCCGAGCCCUGAAGGCCAGAAGGCUGCAGUUCUGGACCAAGACUCUGCCCCAGAAGAUACAGGAGCUAAACAUGGAAAACCAUGCAGAGCUGUAGUGUCUGGUAUAAGGAACAGAGUGUGGGACUGAGGGCAGGUGGGAGCAUUCUGAGAUUCAAAGUCUAUUUUCUUUUUUGUUCCAACACUCUCAAAAUUAUUUCUAAUCCCCAUAUUUUCCCUUUCAGUCAUGUAUGACAAGCUCCCCCCGCCAUGUUACUGCUUAUUCUUCUGGGCACACUUUUAUUAGACUCAAUAAAAUUUCCCAUUAUAGUGUGGAUAUGUGAACCCUAAGUACCUCUUUAACCCUUCACUGAAACUAGGCUCCUUCUUUCUUUCUUCCUUUGAUCUUUGCUUCCUUCCUUCCUUUUUUCCUUUUGUUCUUCCUUCCUUCCUUCCUUCUUUUUUCUUUCAUCUGUCCUUCCUUCCUUUCUUCCAUUAACUUCUCCCUAUCCUCACUCUCCUCUUCUCCAAGUCCCAGACCCUCUUCAAAUGACACAGAUGUUUCAGGGACGGUAGACUACAGAAGAUUGGCUACAUCAAAAUUCUGUAUCUUCUCUUUGCAAGUUUAUGUUUUCUCAUAUUUAUAACUCAUGACAGGAAACCUGAUUUCUCUAAGCCCUGUUGCCUUCAAAAUGCUGUUCCCAAAAGAUCAUAAACUACAAAUUGCACUUGUGCCAUCAGUGGUGUCAAAUGUUAGAGGGCUGAUAUAAAAGGAUUCCAUAAGCCCAGGGCAUGAUGACAAGACCCACAUCUCUGAAGCAAUACAACAAUCAUAACGUCGGUAACUUAUAACAAUAGUAACAAAUGUACCGUCUUACAGAUUGAGAAAUUCAGGGUCAAGAUGCACACAGAUUUGCUGUGUGGUGAGAAACAGUUCUCUGGAGAAUAAGUCUCAAGGAUUGCUUCUUGUGCCCUCUCCUGGUAGAAUGCAUAAACAAAACCAUUGUGAGGACGAUAUGAAGUCCCUGCUGACUUGAACUGGGGCAGGGAAGAACUUUCUAUCAGUGAGACUGUGCAUGUUUCCAUUCUAUAAGCACAGCAUUGAGGUUCCCACUGCAAACGUGCCUGUGCUCAUCAGCUCUGUACAGACACACUAAACUGGGUGUCAGUUAUGUUUGAGACUUUUAAUAAUUAUCUCAUUUUUAAUAGCUCGAGUGUGGAUUGUUUCUAUGAUGUUAGGGAUUCAUCUCAGGGUUUGAGCGUGUCAGGCAAUGGAUCCACCCACGAACCCUCAGCCUACUGUGGGUUCUUUAGAUGAAAUUGAAUUGAUCUCUUUUAGGAACCUGGUUCAGUAAGUCUGAGAAAAUUCUCAAGGUGUGCAACUACCACCAAAUCAGAUUUAGAACAUGAUCCUUUGUUUCCCACAGGGCUUCCCUCAGGUCCUUUGGAUGCCAUUAACCACCUUUAACAGUGUUUCAGAGUAAACAUGACAUUGCUUUAGCUUACUA